AGCAUGUUCCGCUUGCUGAGUGCGAUCUUCGCACUCCUCAUAGCCCUCGCCCAAGCCAAGCAUGAAGGCCUCCGCCUCUAUGCCUUCACCUCGGCCGACUGCAACGGGCCACCCAUCUAUGGGAAUAUCGACUUCAAGCGUGACAAGUGCACGUCGGUCGCAUUCGGCGCGUCGAGCAUCAAGAUCGUGGAAAAGAAAAAGGGCGACUGGACCAAGGAAAUCAAUUCCGGA